AAGAUCCCCGGGGGUAGCGCGACUUCCCUGUUCCAGAGAUCCCAGGGAAAAAAAACCCUUCUGCUGACUCGGUCCAACAGUGCGUCCUCCUCCCAGGAUGGAUGAGGAACAUCUUCACGAUGAUCUGCAGGUUUUUAAAGACGGAAACUUCUUGCAGCGGAAGCUGAGAUCCUUUUGCCCGGUCUAUUUGCUGCUGGCCCUCUCCUUUUUCCUGACCGUCACCCUGUCGGCUGUGUCGCUCUCCAGAGUUUCGGCCAUUUCGUCUAAACUCAACGAGUUGCGUCCGGAAGAGAAGCGGAACCAGACCGUUCCCGGCAGGGAUUUUCUCCUGUUUCCCUGCGGACCCGACACCAGGCAAUGGGAAUACUUUGAUGGAAAAUGUUAUUACUUCUCCCUCACCCGGACGAGCUGGCACAAGGCGAAGGCCCAGUGCGAGGAGAUGCGUUCCCAGUUGGCCGUCAUCAACAGCUACGCCAAGCAGAAUUUUGUCAUGUUCAGGACAAGGAAUGAGCGUUUCUGGAUCGGGCUCACCGACGAGAACUCGGAAGGGGAAUGGGAAUGGAUCGACGGGACCGACUAUAAAAGCACCUUCACGUACUGGAAGGAGGGAGAACCCAACAACAGCGGCCACAACGAAGAUUGUGCCCACGUCUGGGUCUCCGGCCAGUGGAACGACGUCUACUGCACCUACGAGUGCUACUACGUCUGCGAAAAGCCUCUGCCCAACUGAGCCAAACCAGGCGCGGAGGCACCGGCCCACGUUCCGACACCUCAAAUGGUCCUUUUUCUUCUUAAUUUAUACUAUCCGAGCGCCCGCUCCCUGCUCUUCCGCCCCACCGCGCUGUCCCAAGGAAGAGCGGGGCCGGAUUUUGAUGGUCCUAAGCAAUAUACGCAGGAAUCCGGGUUCUCCGUGGGGAGCUCAGCCUAAUAAAGGACGAUUAUUGCUCUGGUUAA